AUGCCCGGCAAGACACCCGAUAAGGAGCCCGUCGAGAACCGCGGCUACCGUACCGACAAGGACGCGAAGGCCAAGGGAAAGAAGACUGCCAAGAAGGAGGGAGAGGACGAGAUGACCGUGGUUGUCCCGCCCUCAAAAACACCCAAGCAAAACUCCGUGACACCGCCGGCCAAUGAUACCGAAGGCGACGUUGCAAUGGGGGACAUUGACGAGGCUGCGCAGGAGGGCAAGGUCGAUCCCGUUGCCCAGACUAUUAACGACAUCAAGAACAACUUUGCGCUCCUAGACCGCGCCGUCGCACACUUCGACGCGAGAUUCUCACUCCGUGCCCUACGGUCCAUCUCGUCGAUCCGGAAACGGCUGACCCCCGAUGUCCUUGGCCAAGUCAUUGCAGAGACCUACAACCCGACGUCAUCCAGGGCGGUGGUGGCCAAGCAAAUGCUGGCGGCCAUCGGCCGGCCAGAUGUCGUCCUGGGCCGCCAGGCCGGCUCGGACAUGGAUAUCGAUAGUGAAGCGAAGCCGUCAAGUAAAAACGGCCUCGUGAAGAAGGAUCCGCUUCCCGAGGUUGACGUCUUCUUGGGCAUCCUUACCCAGGUUCUUCUGCACGACACCAAGCAGUGGCAGAGUGGUUACGAGUUCUCGCAGUCGCUGGCCGAGCGUGUGCGGGCCCUCAACCGUCGCACUCUCGACAGCCUUGCUGCUAAGGUCUACUUCUAUUUCGAGCUGUUCGCCGAGCAGAUCCCCCCGCUGCCGCCGUCUCCUCAGUCGCCGAUCCUCCUGGUUCGCCCCCCCCUCCUGCGCGCCCUCCGGACUGCGGUUCUGCGCAAGGAUAUUGACACGCAAGCCUCGGUCAUCGUCCUGCUGCUGCGGAACUACCUGCUCACGUCACACAUCUCUCAAGCCGAUCUGUUGGUCUCGCACACCCAGUUCCCCGAGAAUGCCGCCAACAACCAGGUUGCCCGGUUCCUCUACUACCUCGGUUGCGUGCGUGCCAUCCAGCUCCGCUACACUGAGGCCCAUGAGCACUUGACCGCGGCGACGCGGAAGGCCCCUUCGAGCGCCUGCGCUCUAGGCUUUAGCCUCUCGGCGACAAAGCUGUUGGUCGUCGUCGAGCUGCUGAUGGGUGACAUCCCGGACCGUGCCAUCUUCCGGCAGCCGGCUAUGGAGGCGGCGUUGCGGCCGUACCUCUUGCUCGUCCAAGCAGUGCGCGUGGGAGACGUGGACAACUUCGAAGCCAUCAACAACAAGCACGAGGCCACGUUCAAGCGCGACGGCACGUAUACGCUGAUCCUGCGCCUGCGGCAGAAUGUCAUCAAGACGGGCAUCCGCAUGAUGAGCCUGAGCUACAGCCGCAUCUCGCUGCGCGACAUCUGCGUCCGGCUGCACCUCAAAUCGGAGGAAAGCGCCGAGUACAUUGUUGCUAAGGCUAUUCGUGAUGGUGUCAUCGAGGCCACGAUCGACCGCGAGCACGGGUACAUGAAGAGCAAAGAAGUCGGGGACGUCUAUGCCACGCGUGAGCCGGCGGAGGCGUUCCAUGAUCGUAUUCGUGCUUGUCUGGCGCUGCAUGAUGAGAGCGUUAAGGCCAUGAGGUUCCCCAUGAACCCGCACCGGCUCGAACUCAAGAAUGCUCAGGAAGCCCGGGAGCGCGAGCGCGAGAUGGCCAAGGAGAUCCAAGAGGGUGAUCUAGACGAGGAUGACCUCGGUGGCGACUUUGAUGGCAUGUAA